AUGAGCCUUUUGCUUGGAUACUCUUACAAGCACCUCAUAUAUAACAACGACACCAUUCUAAUUCAGGAACAAUCUUAUGGUACCACAAGAAAAAAUGAAAAACUUUAUCUUAAAGGACAUAUUGGACAAUCCUUUCUAACAACAGCUGCUGAUCUAAAACAGAAAUACAUCGUAUACGACUGCAGCAAGGCCAACAGCGGUGUUUGUGGUGGUUGGUCUGACCGACUUUCAGGAAUUCUUUCCACCCUGAUCAUGGCUCUUCUUACCAAUCGACGUUUACUGAUCAACCAUGAUAAACCAUGCCCUCUAGAAGAUUAUCUAAUCCCCGCUCAUUUCGAUUGGCGAUUUAACCGAUCAAUUCUUCUCAACAGAACAAAAUCUUAUCAAGAUCUUAGCGCACGUAAAUCUGAAAAACUAAGGAAAUAUUUGAACGGAAGUCUUGACAUCAACAAUUACUUUCACGAUGAUGUUAGCUUUCUUCGUGUUAACUGGGAUUUUACAAAUGAAUUUAGAAAAAGACCACAUAUAGGAAAUGAAGUUGCUUGGGUUACAAAAUUACAUUAUGCCGAUAUGUAUAAGGAGCUGUUUCAUUUCUUCUUCAAACCAUCACCUCUUCUUGGCAAUGCAUUAAACGAGCUACAGAAAAAAUAUCGGAAAAGACCAAAGAUAGCUUGUGCUCAUAUACGUGUAGGAGGAAAUAAGAAUAUGCCGUACGACGACCGACGACCUAAAAUUCCAACCGAUGAUGUAUGGAAAUAUUUUGAUAAAUUGAACAAAUCGGAAUAUGACUUCUUCAUUGCAUCAGACGCAAAUGAAAUGAAGAAUGUAGCGAAGAACCGUUAUCCUAAGAACAUAAUUGACACUCCAGGAAAAAUUACACAUAUUGAUCAAAAGGGUAGAAAUGAUCCACGCGCGGGAUUUCUGAAACAGUUCUUAGAUUUCUUCACAUUAGUGAAGUGCGAUGCUCUUAUUCUUACGAAUAGCGGAUUCGGUACAUUUGCAGCGUACCUGCGGGAAACAGAUUCUGAUUUGUAUUGUUUAAAAGGAGAACAUUUAAGGCCUUGUUCUAGAUACACUGUCCAUAAAGUUUUUCCGGGACAAUUUUUAGCUCCUUUUCAAUAG